AUGUCCGAAAUUUUGGACGCAACCGUCCAGCCGAUUCCGAAGAAGUCCGCAACUAUCAAGACCGACAAGCCGCGUCCACACGCAUGUCCCAUCUGUACGCGAGGGUUUGCACGUUUGGAGCAUUUGAAAAGACACGAGCGUUCGCAUACUCAUGAGAAACCAUUUCAAUGUGCUGCUUGCGGCCGUUGCUUCGCCAGACGCGAUCUGGUACUAAGACACCAACAGAAACUACACACAUCGCUACCGACGAUUACAAAGAACAAGACCACCCGCAAAGUGGCUACUGAUACCAUCCAAACCCCAGAAGAUGCCAACGAGCAUAUCAACAUAGUGCGGAACAAUACCGCUGUCAAGCUUCCACUGCCUGAAGAUGGAGCAAGUCCCGUGACUUCUGGCAGUGCCAGCGAUGGAAUGGGCUCAAGCAUUUUCGACCCGAAAAGAGAGGGAGAUGCUAAUUCACCGCUUGGACAUUUGCCGGAUUUCACACCGGAAAGCCUGUUCUCUGCGACCCCACAGACACACAACCACCAAGACACCUUUAGAGACCACCGCCAUGCUUCCUUCAGCGCAGCCACUUCACAGUCAUACGUCGGAUUUGAAAACGGUUUCGAUCAGACCUCUUCUGGGCCCAAUCAGGUGACGUUUGCGUCGCCACAGCUUACCCCACGUGAUCAUCUUGCGGAUGCGGCUGAUCCUGGCUAUGAUGUGUCUGAUUUGCUGGGAGAUCUCUCAAAUAAGAGACCGCGCGAUUUCUUCGAUGCAAACCCAACUUCUCCGAUCACGGACGAUUGGCUUGCCGAGUUCAUCAAUGCUCCAAUAGACCACGAAUUCCCAACGGUGUCGUCCCACAUUGGUUUCGUGGACACCCCACCCGCGACAGCAGACACCGGAUUAGGUUCUGCGUCCGCCACAGCCAAUUUGUCGGCUUCUGCAGCAUCUCCUCACCAACGGUCUACUCCAAGUAGCUCAGCAGGGGUGGGUAGUCCACAGAUUGCAGACCUUGGGUCUUUUUUCCGUACGCGGCAGCUCGAUCUUUUCAAACAAAUCAAUCACAACACGGAUUCUCAACGGUUCACCCAUGAAAUGCGCGAAUACGUGAUUACCACGUACAAGCUGAAGCCUUCGCAGUUCCCAAACCUUGAAGAUUUGAACAGAUAUCUGUCUUUGUACGAGUUUGAGUUCACGAAGUAUUUUCCAUUUGUGCAUUUGGGCUCGCUGUCUCAGUCAUCUGAUCACAUUGCGCUGCUUCUAUCUAUGGCAUCUAUAGGUGCCCUCUAUUCGUUCCAUGCGCGCAAUUCGUCGAUUCUUUUCAACUUUUCACGGUUUUUAAUCCAUAACUACAUGGAGAAGAAGAUGGGCGAGCGCUUCUUUACCGACGUUCCUCUUUACAUCACACAGUCAUUGCUUCUUCAUAUGUUUCUUGGAAUGUUUCACAAUGACGUUGAGGUUACUGCUUUGACUCCGCGCCAGCUCAAUUCGCUCGUUUCACUCGUCAAAACGACAAACUUGACUCAACCCUUCGAGAACUUCGUUCCGACACCUGCGGUCAAUCUCAAAGAUCCAAACUCGGUGACGCAGUGUUUCGAGUAUUUCAUCACUGCCCAGUCCCGUAUUCGCACAGUUCAUUGUCUAUACUAUCUUGGAAUUCUCUGUUCCUGUAUCAUUGGACAGCCAAUCGCGCUAUCGGCUGAUGACAUGAACUGCGGUGUUCCAUGCAAGAAUGAAAACCUUUGGCUUGCCAAAAGCCCAGAAGAUUGGGCUGCGUGCAUUGAAGACUCUAGCCUCAAGGUGACUUCCAAAUUUGAAUUAUGCGAGCUCGCAAAUGGGUCCAAAUCGUCUUUCCGCGAAUCAUGGCGCGAUUUACAAAACCAUCUCCAUAAGAACGACUCUGAGCUUGGGCUUAAGUGCAUGUUCUCGCUGCUAAUGUCUGUCAACGGUGAGAUAUACAACGAUAGAACGAGCAUUGGCAAUAUGGACCAGCGUGAGAGUGUCCGUGCAAUGAAGUGGCGGAUGAUCUCGCGUCCCAAGAUCGAGUCUCUUAUCAAGUCCUGGGAGAGUCUUUAUGUGCGUAACGACGGUGUUUUAGUGCCUACGGGAAACAACUUGCACCUAAUUAACCAGACCCCUUAUCUCAAACUGAUUCUUCCUCUUUUAUCGUUUGCAAAGAUCCGCAAGUGUCUCGGUGUAACGCCAAUUCUUGCCAAGGUAUGGAAGCGAGACUGGACUGGACUCAACUAUGAGGUGAAAUCUUUGGAAAGUGAUCCAGAGGCAUUGCGCGAUGGUUCGAACUACUCUCUUGCCAUCGUAAACCUUUGGAUUGAGAUCAUUUCAAUCACUAAGGACGCCGAAAAAACCUCGGUACGCACUCCGAUCUUCUUCCUCACGUGUAUCUUCACCUCGAUCUUGAUCAUCUCGGAAUACCUUUAUUUAACCGAGAAGUGGGCCGAAAACUAUCUUGAGAACUAUCGCACAAGAGGAACGGCCCAAUCAAGCCUCACACCAGCAGACCGCGUCUUGUGGCUUAGAACAGAGACGAUCCUCAAAAAGGUUGAGAAGAGCCUUCUUCCAAAAGGUUCAAACAACACGUCUUACGCAGAGUUUUUGCGGAUUCAGGCCAACGGGGCGCUUGAUGUUGAUUCGCUGGAUGACGAAAUCGCAGCGCUUGCUCUCAAUCCAAACGGUGACGUCGACCUUAAACCGAUCGCCGAAAUAGUUGCUUCUGGAAGGCUUUCUACGAAGUCGCUCUCAUUGGGAGUGCGGAUUCUAGCAGAUGCCCCUGUUUGGCCGGUAGCUUUAGUCUUUGCCGAGGCCCUCAAGGCACGAGCGACACACAUUCACCACGGCCAUGCCAAUGGUGUUUCACCACCAUUUACGAACACCAAAAUGACCUGA